GGCAGGCGGGGGUGGAGGCGACCAUGGAUGACCAGGGCUGCCCGCGGUGCAAGACCACCAAGUACCGGAACCCUUCCCUGAAGCUGAUGGUGAAUGUCUGCGGGCACACGCUAUGCGAGAGUUGUGUGGAGCUGCUGUUCGUCCGGGGGGCCGGAAACUGUCAGGAGUGUAAUACCCCGCUGCGGAAGAACAACUUCAGAGUGCAGCUUUUUGAAGACCCUGCCAUUGACAAGGAGGUUGAAAUUCGCAAGAAAGUAUUGAAAGUAUACAAUAAAAGAGAAGAUGACUUUCCCAGUCUAACGGAAUAUAAUGAUUUCCUGGAAGAAGUAGAAGAAAUUGUGUUUAACUUGACGAACAAUGUGGAUUUGGAGAACACCAAAAAGAAAAUGGAUAUGUACCAGAAGGAUAACAAAGAAGUCAUUCAGAAAAACAAGAUAAAACUGACUCGGGAGCAAGAGGAGCUGGAGGAAGCUUUAGCGGUGGAACGACAGGAAAAUGAGCAAAGGCGACUGUUCAUACAGAAAGAGGAACAAAUGCAACAGAUUAUAAAAAGGAAGAAUAAACAGGCACUUCUGGAUGAACUGGAAAGUUCCCAUCUGCCGGCCUCCCUGCUCUUAGCUCAACAUAAAGACAGAUCUACGCAGCUAGAAAUGCAGCUGGAAAAACCCAGACCAGUUAAACCAGUCACAUUUUCCACUGGCAUCAAAAUGAGUCAGCAUAUUUCAUUAGCGCCCAUCCAAAAACUGGAGGAAGCACUGUAUGAGUAUCAGCCACUGCAAGUCGAGACCUAUGGACCACAAGUUCCAGAAACUGAACUUCUAGGAAGGCUAGGAUAUCUAAACCAUGUCCGAGCCACCUCUCCACAGGAUCUUGCUGGGGGCUACACUUCCUCCCUGGCUUGUCACCGAGCCCUACAGGAUGCUUUCAGUGGGCUUUUCUGGCAUCCCAGCUAGUCUGCAUACACCGGCCUGGGAGCAGUGGGCACUGGACUGGAGCAAGGAGCAAGUCAAGCAAACCUCCAGUGAAACUGCUGCCAUCUGCACUAUCGUUAACCUGCUGUCACCUUUUUCAUAUAUAUAUAAAAUACUUAAGCACAGCUGGCUUUACUAAAGUGUUUUUUUUUUAAGUCUGCACAAGAGCUUUGUAAAGUGGUGGAUACAUUUUUGCGGAAGGGGAACUCUUUAGUCAUGUGGCACUUUGCUGAGAGGGGCUGAAGCAAUAAGCCACAUCUAAUGGAAGAUGUGAAUAAUUCAGCUAUGGAUGUUUGAGGUUUAAAAAAGAGACUUGUAAAUUUUUUAAAAUAAAA